AAGCAACUCUCCCCCCUUAUACACUUCGCAUUCCCCAAAACCCCACAAAGUCGAUUUACCAUGUCUUCGAAACCUUAUGCAGAAAUUGAACUUUCCGUCUCUGUCUCACCAGACACAGUAAGCCUAUCGCGACUCGAUGAGCCGUUGAACAUCAUCGUUGCGGCGAAGACAAUCUCCUCUAGCAAGCCGUCGUCCGGGGUAGUCAUCAACACAAGAUGGACUGCUUUGGAUGAUAGAGGAGCAGGCCUGUUCAUGGGUGCUCUAUUCCUAAAGAGCAUAUCAGAUCCAGCCAAAGUCAUUCCAUUUGCCCCUGCUGUCAGCGCUCCCUACCCUUCUCACCCGCCAUCCGAUCUCCGCAAGAGCGAGCUCGAGCUUUUCAAAGUGGUGCCGGGGGUCGAUAAGGGCGAAUUGACCGGGACUCAUGAGAUAAACGGGGAGAGGAUUUUCCAGUAUAGCACAAAGACACGCCCCUCUGAUAUCUCUCCCGGCUCAGAGUACCGCAUUGAAUUUGCACGCAAGCGCCUGGGGGCUUUCUGGUGGACAUUUGAAGACGAAGCUGAGGGGAAGAUGUUCUUCGACGGGAUGUUUCCGGAUGAGGAUGACUGCUUCGGAUUGAGAGCCGAGGACCCGGCGUUUAUCGAAGAGCGUUAUAAAGAGGGCUACCUCUACAGUUACCAGAUGAAUGAUCUGAAAUAUAGCAUAAACGAAGACUCAUCAACGACUAUUAGGUUCGUUGAAUGAGUCACUUUUGAGUUAGUAAUCUUCAAGCCCCUUACCUGGACGGGGUACAACACGACAUGGCAAUGGAGAACUACUACGAUAGAAUGGAACGGA